ACCGCCCACAUGCAAGUCUGCCUGCCUCUACACAUUCUCCCAAGAGUUGUCCGAGCCCCGAGUGGACAGCGGCUGACUAUGGAGAGCAGAGGCCCACUGGCCACCUCGCGCCUGCUGCUGUUGCUACUGCUGCUUGCCACUCACCAGGGAUGGGCCCUGAGACCUACUCUCCCCACCCAGAGAACCCAGGACUUUCCAGGUGUCCACCUCAGCAAUGGCCCAGGACACGAGCCUGUUGCUGUCAUGACCUUUGACCUCACCAAGAUUACAAAAUCCUCCUCCUCCUUUGAGAUUCGAACCUGGGACCCAGAGGGAGUGAUUUUUUAUGGGGAUACCAACCCUAAGGAUGACUGGUUUAUGCUGGGACUUCGGGAUGGCAGGCCUGAGAUCCAACUGCACAAUCCCUGGGCUCAGCUUACGGUGGGUGCUGGACCACGACUGGAUGAUGGGAGAUGGCACCAGGUGGAAGUCAAGAUUGAUGGAGACUCUGUGCUGCUGAAGGUGGAUGGGGAGGAGGUGUUGUGCCUGAGACAGGUCUCUGGGUCCCUGGCCAGCAAAGACCAUCCUACCUUGAAGAUUGCGGUUGGGGGGCUGCUCUUCCCUUCUUCCAACCUUCGGUUGCCGCUCAUUCCUGCCCUGGAUGGCUGCCUGCGCCGAGAUUCCUGGCUGGACAAACAGGCCGAGAUCUCAGCAUCUGCCCCCCCUAGCCUCAGAAGCUGUGAUGUCGAAUCAAAUCCUGGGAUAUUUCUCCCUGCAGGGACUCAUGCAGAAUUCAAUCUCCAAGACAUUCCCCAGCCUCAUGCAGAGCCCUGGGCCUUCUCUUUGGACCUGGGACUUGAGCAGGCAGCAGGCUCAGGCCACCUCCUUGCCCUUGGGACACUGGAGAACCCAUCUUGGCUCAGUCUCUACCUCCAAGAUCAAAAGGUGGUGCUGUCUUCUGGGUCGGGGCCAAGGCUGGAUCUGCCCCUGGUCUUAGGACUCCCUCUUCAGCUGAAGCUGAGUAUGUCCAGGGUGAUCUUGAGCCAAGGGCUGAAGAUGGAGGUCCUUGCCCUGCCUCCUUUAGGCCUGGCUCCCCUCCUUAACCUCUGGGACCAGCCUCAAGGGCGUCUCUUCCUGGGAGCUUUACCAGGAGAGGACUCUUCCACUUCUUUUUGCCUGAAUGGCCUUUGGGCACAAGGUCAGAGGCUGGACGUGGACCGAGCCCUGAACAGAAGCCAUGACAUCUGGACUCACAGCUGCCCCCAGAACCCAGGCAAUGGCACUGAUGUUUCCCAUUAAAGUUCCACCUAAGAAACCCCUUUGAAAGUUA